AUGUCGCUCGUCGCCAACCCCUUCAUGAGCGACCGCAGCCUCAAGAUCCGCGCAAAGGCCAUCCCCUGGGACGGGUACCAGCGCGCAGGUCUGCUCGGCCAGGACGACGUUCAGCUCAUUCAGCGAGUGGCCGCCAGCCGCGACAAGGCGGAGCCCAUUCUCGAUGCCGAGGGCGAGACGUACGCGGCACUGUACAUUCGGCUACUCAACAAGCUGUCGCGCAACGACACACUCCAGUUUGUCCUCGUCCUCCUCGGCGACUUCAUCGCAGACCGCGAGGAGCGCAUCUCCCUCCUCAUCUCUGGCUCCGACUCCCCGUACCCUCCUCUCCUCAAGUGCGCGUCGGCCAUCACGUCGACCAUCCUGUCGUACGACCGCGCACCGGCCGACAACGUCAUCGCCAAGCUCCUGCAGCACCUGUCCAACCUCGGCCAGGACGUCGCCGUCCAGUGCCUCGAGUCGGUCCUGCGCGUGUCGCGCGCGCGCACCAUGUGCUGGGGCCCGACAGAGGGCAAAGACGCCGUCGCCGCCCCAAAGGUCAUCGAGGGCCUCGUCCACUUGCUGCGCGCGAGCCCGAGCCCGCAGAUGCAGUACCAGCUCGCGUUCUGCUUCUGGCUCCUCACGUUCGAGGACCGCAUCGCGGCCGAGAUCAACGCGCAGUACAACCUGAUCCCGCUCCUCCUCGACGUCUCGAAGCGCGCCAUCAAGGAAAAGGUCAUCCGCGUCGCGCUCGCGUCGUUCCGCAACCUCGUCACCAAGGCGCCGAAGGCCAACCUCGCGCCCAUGCUCGUCGCCAAAGUCCUCCCUUACGUCCAGACGCUCCAAGGCCGCAAGUUCUCGGACGACGAGAUCAAGGACGACGUCGACUUUCUCGUCGACGAGCUGAAGUCGAGCUUUGCGGGCCUCACGACGUACGACGAGUACAAGUCGGAGCUCGCGUCGGGCGAGUUGACGUGGUCGCCGCCGCACAAGAACGACGACUUCUGGCGCGACAACGCGCCCAAGCUCGUCGACCGCGACCGCGAACAGCUUAAGGUCCUCGUGCGCAUCCUCAUGAGCUCGCACGACGCGACGACGCUUGCCGUCGCCGCCAACGACCUCGCCCAGUUCGUCAAGUUCUACGACAACGCCAAGAAGGCCAUCGACGACCUCGGCGCCAAAGCGCGCGUCAUGGAGCUCAUGACGCACGCCGACCCGGACGUCAAGUACCAGAGCCUCGUCGCGACGCAGCGCCUCCUCUCGCACGCCUGGGCCUGA